GCCACAUUGAAGAGGAACAAAAAAGGCGACCUGACAGCGGUUACUGCACUCCCUCCACUUUCUCCGGGGUAGUCACGGGAUUUCAAUGUUCAGCCUGCUCUUUGGUUUCAGUGUUGACUUGAGCCGUACCUAUAUGGCGUGUGUGAGCGGAGAAUUUUGCCAGGCACAGCACCUCACCUCCGUGGAGAAGUGAAUCGGCCGCCCCCCGAGGGACUACGCUACCCAGAAACCCCCCUGACUGCCAGCACACUAGGAACUGCUGACUCUUCCAAAGGCCUCCCCCUCCCUACCUCCCCGGGAUAUUGCGUAGUCCUUGGCCCGACUGCCCUGCCGUGUCCCAACCAAUACGAAAGACCUUUGCUUUCCACUUUCUCCUCGAACAGCCAAUCACAAACAGCUCUCCUGAAUGGGCCGUCUCGCCAACAUGAACCGCCCCGCUGCAGUCGAGAUCACCUACGAGUGCAUGAGGUUCCUCAUCACCCACAACCCCACCAACGCCACGCUCAACAAAUUCACAGAGGAACUGAAAAAGUUUGAGGUGAACACGCUGGUGAGAGUUUGUGAUGCCACCUAUGAUAAGGCUCCAGUAGAGAAGGAGGGGAUACAAGUCCUGGACUGGCCUUUCGAUGAUGGCGCCCCUCCUCCCACCCAGAUUGUGGACGACUGGCUCAAGCUGCUCAACAACAAGUUUCGAGAGCAACCCGGCUGCUGCAUCGCUGUGCACUGUGUGGCAGGGCUUGGCCGAGCUCCAGUCUUGGUGGCCUUAGCCCUUAUUGAGUGCGGGAUGAAGUAUGAGGAUGCUGUGCAGUUCAUAAGGCAGAAGAGACGUGGAGCCUUCAACUCCAAACAGCUUCUUUACCUCGAGAAAUACAGACCUAAAAUGCGUCUGCGGUUCAAGGAUACCAACGGCCACAACUGCUGCGUGCAGUAGGCUACCUGUCAGUGCAUCUUUCUAUGCACACCUAGUGGGGAAUCUUCCGACCAGGGGAGAUAUAAAAAAAAAAAAAAAAAAAAAUGAAGAGAGUGCUAUCAGUAAUUAUUGUGAUGAUUUGUUAACACUGAGUCAUGGUUAAUUGAUCAGAAAAGCAAGCGAUCGAAUGAAUGAAUCCAGAUCUGGGGAUCCACCAGCCGAACCAAUGAAUGGAAGGUCAAAGCACACAGAUAGGCCCGCUUCCCGGUUAUACUGUCAACCACGGGCCAGAAUUUUUUCAACUUGAGUCCAUCCUGUUUCCUCUUUUUUUUUUUUUUUUUUGUUUCAGUUGUAAUCAUGGGAUAACAUUUUUCCAUUUUGUGAUUUUUUUUUUUUUUUUUUUUUUUAAACACACAAACAGUGCUGAUGAAAUGUUAAAGCAUAUUCUUAAUUUUUAUUUCCACAAAUUAUUGAUAUAAUAAGAUUGGGCCAGAAUAAUGUAUCUUUUUAAAAACAUUUUUAAACUUUGAACACAUUGUGACUGUCCAUUUUGGUAUUGGGGUAUUUUUUUGUUGUUUUUUUUUUGCACAAAAACUAAAAGGUUCACCUGAAAAUGCAGUAAUGUUUUCCUUUUACCCUUCACUUGCUUAAAGUCACUUUCAGUUUAGGGGUUCACUGAGUUUGAAUAUGUCUGCAAUAUUUAUUCACAAGAUGAUAUGUGUGGCCGUUAUGAGUUUGGCAGGGGCAAGGACACUUUGUUUUCCAAUAGUUUUGUUUUCUUUUUUUAAAAUCCUCUAAGAGCCAUGUCUUUUUUUUUUUUCUCGUUUUCUUUUUUUAUUACCUUGUUGGAGUGCAAUAAUCAGUCCACCUCAAAAGCCCACCAAACCCUGCUGACAUCCCACACACACAUACACACAUACACACAUACACACACAAACACACAAACACAAACACAUGCGUGCACACACACUUCAGAUUCACAUCCGGGCAGUAAAACAGGAAAAACUUGGCAACCUCUGUGAUAGGUACUUCUGCUUUCAUUCAUUCUCCUCUACAGGGCAACAAUAGGACUUCCCUAAUUAUGUGUAUUUAAACUUAUACACAGUGGAAAUAAAAAGUUUACGCACCCUUAUGAAAUUGCAGGUAUUUGAAAUGCAAAAACAGAAAUAUCAAUGUAAAUGUCAGACUUGUUCCGUCUUUAAUGUGCUCUUCCAACAAACAAUAAAUUAGGAGAAAAACAAUUAUUAGGAAUAUUUAAGAUUAGAAAAACUACAACAGCCUGAUUGCAUAUGUUUUCACACCCUUUCAUAAUGGGGGCUCUAGCUGUGUCCAGCUGUGUUAACCAAUCACACUCAUAAUAAUGCCUUUAGGUAAAUAGUAUUCACCCACCAUCAAUGAAAGUGAUUCUGAUUAAAACCAGAUAAAAGUCAGCUGUUACUGUAGGAUCUGUUUGUGGUUGCAUCGUACUGGGGGAGCCAUGGUCUGUUAAGAGCUACCAAAGAAGCAGAUCUAAUUGUUGAAAAGUACCAAUCAGGACAGGGAUAUAAAAUAAUAUUGAAUAUUGAAGGCAUUGGAUGUACUAUGGAGCACUAUCAAAACCAUCAUCAGUAAGGGAGAAAAUGUGGUACCACAGAGACAUUGCAAAGAAGAUCAGGAAUACCCUCCAAAGGUAAUGGGAGGACAGUGAGAAAACUUAUCAGGGACGCCAGCAAAAGGCCAACAGCAUCACUGAAGGAACUCCAGGAAUUUCUGGCAGGUGCUGGUCACUCUUUGCGUGUGACCACCAUCUCCAGUAUUCUGCACAUGUCUGAAAUAUGGGGUAAGGUAGUGAGUCAGAAUCCCUUUCUUCCAAAAAGGAUUAUCCAACCAUAUCUGAAUUAUGCCAAUAGAUGCUUUCAGUCAGCCCAAACCAUGUGGGUAAAUGUGUUAUGGUCUGUCAAGAACUUUUUAGCCUUAAUUGUAAAAUAUAUGUUUGGUGUAAAGCCAAUCAAGCACAUCAUCCAAGGAACACCAUACAGACUGAAUGCUUUGGGGCUGCUUCUCUUCAGCUGGGUCAGGGGCUUUUGUCAAGAUAUACGGGUAACGAAUAGUUCCAGAUAUCAAGAUAUUUUGGCACAAAACCUGCUGGCCUCUGUCAGAAAGCUGAAGAUGAAGAGGAAUUUCACAUUCCAUCAUGACAGUGACCCAAAGCACACAUCCAAGUUGACCGAGGCAUGGCUUCAGAAAAGGAAAAUCAAAGUCAUGGAAUGGCCCAGUCGGAGCCCAGACCUCAGUCCCAUCGAAAUAUGUGGAAUGACCCAGAGAGCUGUACACAGGAGAUCCCCUCGCAAUUUGAAGGAACUUGAACUUUUUUUUUUACAAAGAGGAGUGGGAUAAAAUUCCAAAGUCUAGAUGUGCAAAGUCAGUACAGACUUGCUUCACAAAGACUUGCUGCUGUAAUAAGGGGCUUCCACCUGGGGCAGGGUGUGCAGGCUUACGCAAAUGUGGGUGUUGUAGUUUUGUUCCUAAUUAGCAGGUUUUUUUUCCUUGGAUUUUUGUUUGCUGGAAGAUCACAUUAAAAAUUGUAUGGCAGACGUUUAUGUUGCAUUUCUACCUUUACAUUUAAAAAAACCUGCAAUUUCAUAAGGGUGUGCAAACUUUUUUUUAUCCACUGUACACAGCCUAAGAUCCAAUCUGAAAGGUAAGGUGGAGAAGAAUGAAAAUGGUCAGUUUUUUAUUGUCGUACCCAUUUUGAAAACAUCCCCAAUUCGUAUUGGUUCUUUAAAGAUAAAUAAAUUGAAAUAAAAAGC